AGGCUCGGCUUUUCAGAUGCCGGCACUGAAGGGCAGAAAGAAAGAGUGGGGAGCUCACAGGAACAUCAAGACAAGAAGAACGCUGAAGAAUUUAGAACUUCGACCGUGGCAGUCUGUUUCUGGAAUUCACAAACCCUGUGAAUCCUGAUCUCCAGAGAGACUCUCCUCCGUCCUCCAACCUUUGAUCUGCGUCAAGUCCUGAUCUCUGCCCUGUCAUGGCUCCCUCCCUGGCCACAGCGUUUGCCCGGCGGUGGUGGAUGGCAGUGACAGCCAUCAUAGAGAACCUGUUGUUUUCUGCUGUGUUGUUGGGCUGGGGAUCCCUGCUCAUCAUGCUCAAGUCUGAAGGCUACUACUCCUACCUGUGCAACAAUGAAGGUAACCACUCGUUCUCCGCCAACCUGUCCCUCCCACUACCAGAGAGCGAAGAUGACUACAGUGAUUACUAUGAGGGUGUGAUGGGUCUGGGGGACGGAGUUGAGAUGAGACCCCUGGCCCCGCCCCAGGACCCUAGUGGGCCCCUGAGGAUGAAUGGCUGGCUGAUCUGUAAGGAGCAGGAUGAGAUGUUGAACAUGGCCUUCACCGUGGGGUCCUUCCUUCUGUCAGCUAUCACCCUGCCUCUAGGCAUCGUCAUGGACAAAUAUGGACCACGCAACCUGAGGCUUCUGGGGAGUGCCUGCUUCUCCUUCUCCUGUCUGCUCAUUGCUUACGGAGCGUAUAACCCAAAUGAGCUGUCUAUCCUCAUCUUCAUCGCUCUGACCUUCAAUGGCUUCGGAGGCAUGUGCAUGACCUUCACCUCCCUCACGCUUCCUAACAUGUUUGGUGAUCUGCGAUCUACUUUCAUUGCUCUGAUGAUUGGCUCCUACGCCUCCUCUGCUGUCACAUUCCCCGGAGUCAAGGUAAUCUAUGACCUUGGUGUGACCUUCAUCACCAUCAUGAUCGUCUGGGCUGCGUGUUCUGGCCUCGUCUUCCUCAACUGCUUCUUCAACUGGCCUCUCGAACCCUUCCCUGGACCUGAGGACAUGGAUUACAGUGUGAAGGUGAAGUUCAGCUGGUUGGGUUUUGACCACAAGAUCACGGGGAAGCAGUUCUACCAGCAGGUGACCACGGUCGGGAGGCGACUGAGUGUUGGCAACGGUCUGAAGGAGAGGGAGCUGUCCAGCAAGGAUGGAAACAAGCUGUGUUUGUCCACCAUGGACCUGGAGCUGAGCACCAAACCUCAGGAGGAAUCCCAGUCCUUCAUGCAGAGCAUCAUCAGUCCCAUUUUCAUCCUGUCCCUGGUCACCAUGUCCAUCACUCAGCUUCGUCUCAUCUUCUACAUGGGAGCCAUGAACAACAUCCUGGAGGCCCUCAGCGAUGGGGACCUCAACACUGUGGAGAGAAUGGAAGUUGUGGGUCUGUAUUCUUCUAUAUUUGGCGUCCUACAGCUGCUCUGUCUGAUGACCACUCCUGUGAUCGGUCAGAUUAUGGACUGGAAACUGAAGGACUGUGAGGACGGAGAUGAGGAGAAGGAACCCAACAGCAAGGACCAGCCAAAGACCAAGCGCAGAGACAAACAGAUCCAGAAGGUGACCAAUGCCAUGAGGGCAUUCAUUCUAACCAAUGUCCUAUUGGUUGGAUUCGGCAUCACCUGCCUGGUGCCCAACCUCCCUCUGCAAAUCCUGUCCUUUGUCCUCCACACCGUGGUUCGUGGUUUUAUCCACUCUGCUACAGGAGGACUUUAUGCUGCUGUCUACCCGUCAUGCCAGUUUGGCAGUCUGACAGGGAUGCAGUCUCUGGUGUCGGCCCUGUUCGCUCUGGUCCAGCAGCCUCUCUUCAUGGCCAUGAUGGGCCCUCUGAAGGGAGACCCGCUCUGGGUUAAUGUAGGCCUGCUGGGGGUGAGUUUGCUGGGCUUCCUGCUCCCUCUCUACCUGGUGUGUUUCAGACGCACCCUGCAGCGUAAGAUCCAGGAACGCCAGGAGAACUCCAGCAUCUACCUGAAGAUCAACGGCUCCAGCAAACCCGAAGCCUUCGUCUAGAGAGAGGAGAGAAGAGAGCUUUGCUCUUCUUUAGAAAACAGACAUUUACCACACACACAUUAACACACGUAAACACUUUUUUUGAAAGACCCAGGGGAAAAAAUGAUGCUGUUGUCAUGGUAACAGACACUAUCAUGGACGGCCACCAAGGAGGAGGAGAUCAGCAGAGAGCAGGAGAGAGGAGUAGACUGUGAAAGGAAAGAGGCAUCCGCCCUCUGUUGCCCCCCACUUCCUCUCCUUGUCUCCUCUGUACCCAAUCACAAAGGAGAACUUAAACCUAGUAGCCAAUGGCAGUGGUUCCCCUUUGCAACAUCGUCAGCACUGCUCAGCCAAUGGAGUCCUUUCUUUUUGGAGACAUCCUAAAAAUCUAUCCAAUCGACUUACUCUGGCUGGUAGAGUUGUUCUGGAUGGAAGCUGAUCUUAGAUCUGUACCUAGUCGGUACCUGAUGUUAGUAUCUGAUGUAGGUCUGUACCUACAGAAUUGGAUACUUUAUAUGAUGGGGAUAAACUAAUGCUGUGGAGAGGUCCCAAAACUCUUUAAAAACUCUGGAGUUAAUUCACUGGUGUGAAGCGUUGCAGAUCUUUAUCUCCCCCUAGUGGUGGGAGGCAGAAACACAGAAUGUCAGUUAAAUAUUGCCUUUCUAUCUACGGAGGUACUCAGUAAUUUCCAUUGGGUGGGAGAGGGUUUUUUAGUAGUGUUUUGACAGUAACUGACAGAAAAGUCGUUUGUUUUCCGAAUCACAGAAGUUAUACUAAAAAAACAUAUAGAUUUUGUGCCUUAUAAAUAAAUAUAUUGAGCUUUGAUUAGGUGUUGUACAGAUAAGGUUUGAUGUGUUAGAACUGUGAUUAGGUCUGAAUGGUUUGAUAUGUGAGAGCUGUAAUCAGUUUCUGUAAAUACACGGUUUAAUAUGUGAGAGAUGUUAUUAGGCCUUACAUAACCUGGUCCAUCACUUAGUCACGCCUGGGGACGAGGUUAGGUUUUAUAUGAUGCUGUCAUCUGUCCAUAAACCAGUGGUAUUACACUUCCCUCAGGACGGCAUGCAUGAUGUUCCAAAUGACACCCUUUUCCCUAUAUAAUGCUCCUUUACAUGAUGUGGAAUAGGGUACUAUUUGGAACCCUCUUAAUGAGUGUUCUGUUUGUGGAAUGGCCACAGGUUCCUCCUGUUCCAUCCUGCUCUGCCACCUAUCUGUCACUGCUAGUGGUUCUUGUACAUAGAGAUAUUUAUGUGUGGGUGUUGUUGCAAACAGUAGUCACAUUUCUGACAGAAAUAAAAGUGGCAGGUUGAUAAAUCUAUUGAUUCAGGGUAAAUCAUUGAUGAUGUUUGGAAUGUCAGUAGUGGCCUGGAGUGCCGUGAAAGGAUUUCAGCACUUUCCAACCCUGACUAACCCCUGACUAACCCUAACACUUUGACCCCAAUGAAGCAUUCUACUGGACUUACUAGGUGUUCAUUCCAAUGUAGGUUUUGUGUUGUCAUGGUAAUCUGUCUAGUGUCUGAUCAGGAUGUAUAACCUCUACUGUCCAAUCAUGCGGCUGUCAUGUGAUGACAACAAUGACGGUUAUUUAUCUUUAGCCACCGAUCGUAGCGGUAGGCUAACACCUGAACACAUUUCAAUGUUUUACAACUUUAUCGAGCAUCUGUUGUUUGGAGUAUUUAUUUUGUGAUCAUAUCUCUAGAUUAAAUCUAUAGUUUUUUUCACCUGGA